CGAGAUCUUUAUAAAGUCCUAAGCCGGAUAAACUAGUCAACACAAACUCUUUUAUUUUCGGGCAGGUAGUAGUUGGACAUGGGUUGUUUAAAGUGUUGCUGCAGAAGUGAUACAAAGGUACGCCCAUUCAAGGCGCCCAGCGAUGAUGAUCAGGAUGAAUUCUAUGGACCCUUGGAGCAGAGAGAAUGUCGUGACGUCAUCUUUCUCAUAAUCUUCGUUGCUUUCAUAUGUGGCAUUGGCGGUGUUACGUAUAUUGCUGUAAAACAAGGAAAUCCGUACCGUCUUGUGUACGGUGUUGACAGCUACGGCAAUGUUUGUAACCAGAAAAAUGAUGAAAUAGAAAACGUUGCGCUGUCUGGACAGGACAACUCGGACAAACCCAAAGUCUUCUUCUUUGAUCCGACCUAUUUUACGUCAUUGUUACCCGACAACCCGUUCCCCUCGUUCUCUGAAGAUGACACGGAGAUCAUUUGUGUGGAAAAAUGUCCGGAUAAAGAAACGGAAGUGAUUGAUUUCUACAAUAAUGAAGGCGUCAGUCUUUGCCUCUAUAACGUCACACCAUACGAGGAUGACAUCAAGAAAUGCCCUGCUACUCCGGUACAGAAGCAUAAAAGUAUCUUCAACCGUUGCAUUCCAGAACAGAUUCUCAACUCGGCAAAGGCCAUGGCAUCAUCUUUCACCUCCGUGCUCAGUAACAGCCAUAUGGGAAAUAAUUUCCCUCAGAAAGUCGUUUCGGACAUGAAGAAUACGUGGAAAGAGAUUGGCUACCUGUCAGCAAUAUCUGUGGGCGUGGCCCUGCUUGUGGUUGUCUUAAUGAGAUUUCUGGCGGCAAUUAUUGUAUGGACCCUGGUUAUAGCCGUGGUGAUGUUCUCUUUAGCGGCGUCGGCGUAUUGCUGGUAUUCCUGGUAUGGUUUGGACCAAGCUUUCAAAGACUUGCCUACCAGCGAACAGACAGACGAAGCAAAACAGACGGUCCACACAUGGCUUAUCUAUGCUGCAAUCGUUACUGCAGUCUCGAUUAUUCUGUGUUUGAUACUGCUGGUCCUUCGAAAACGUAUUGCAUUAGUUGUCCAACUGUACAAAGAAGCCGGAAAUGCAAUCGGGCGUAUGCCAUGCAUGUUGUUGUUGCCGUUUAGUACGCUGAUAUUUAUAAUUGCAUUUGUUGGUUGCCUAUGCCUGGUUGCUACCUUUAUAGAAACAUCAGGACUUCCAGAAGUGAAGAAGAAUGGACACGUAAAAUACGUGCAGGAAUCUUUCUGGGAGUAUCUACGUUGGUACAACAUAUUUGCCAUGUUAUGGAUAUCUUCAUUUGUUGUGGCCUGCCAAGAUAUGGUUAUUGCCGGGGCUGUUGCAACUUGGUAUUUUACAAAAGACAAAAAGAAACUUGGAUGCCCCAUUGCAAAAUCCAUAAAGAGACUGAUAAGGUAUCAUUUGGGCUCAAUAGCUUUCGGAUCGUUUAUCAUUGCACUUGUGAAGUUUGCGAGACUGAUCCUCGGUUACAUUCAGAAGAAGUUACAGGGUAAAGCCGGAAAGGUUGUUGAUUUCAUAUUGAAAUGCCUGCAGUUCUGUCUCUGGUGCUUUGAGAAAUUCCUGAAAUAUUUGAAUAGAAAUGCAUACAUUGAAAUAGCUAUAUAUGGAUAUAACUUCUGCAAGUCAGCUCAGAAAGCCUUCAUGAUUAUAGUAAGUAAUGCAUUACGUGUUGCUGCGAUCAACUCUAUAGGCGAUCUUGUCUUGUUUCUUGGUAAAAUAUCCACAGUCGCUGUUGUCAUGGUUAUUGGAAGAGAAUUUUUCAAGGGACGUGAUGACAUUAACUACAUGUGGGUACCAAUCUCUGUGGCUUGUGCAUUUGCUUUUGCCGUCGCCCACUGCUUUCUUCUCAUCUAUGAGAUUACCAUUGAUACAAUAUUUCUGUGUUUCUGUGAAGACUGUGAGAGGAAUGAUGGACAGGAUCGACCAUACUUUAUGAGCAAGAACUUAAUGGUGUAUCUAGACAAGGCAAACAAGGCUGAAAACAAAGCUCAGACCAAGAACACCAAAAAGAACAGAGAGACAACAAAAGUUUAGAUACAAGGAUUGAAAAUUACAUCGAACUUUAUGAGAGUUAGUUCAAGAAGUAUCAACAAAAUAAAACUUUGCCACAGAGUAUACCUGUACAUAUAUGUCCCCAUAUGAAAGAGAAAGUAUAAGAUAAAUUACAGGCUGCAGAGAGGAACAAAAUGUACAUUUCAGAAAUGGAAUAAUGGUAUUAAAGUGGAAUGUUCUGAACAUUUGUUGACAAGCUGUAAAAUUUAGGGCACCAUUAGAAUAGGUAACAGAUUUCUUUGAAGAAUAGAAUACCAACACCAUUAUUCAAAAAUAUAAAUGAGAUCCGGACAGUGCUCGGCAUAUUAACUUUAUUUUAAGGAUUAAGCGUAAGCUUUUAUUAAUCAGACAUUAAAUCUAAAGCAGAAAGAUAAUUAUUCUUAAGAGCUUGUAUGGAGCAACAAGACCAUUGAAAGGGCAAGUAACGAGAUUCCAAUACCUGUAUAUUUCUGCUCAUGCAUAUUGCUGCAUUAGUCUAGCACUAUUGUAAUAUUGACCUAGAAGUCAUCCUGUAUCCAUCAACAGCUCUUUAUAUUCUUAGUAUGAUUAUUCAUAUCAGUUUGUUAAAUCAUGUUUGACAAUUUUGUUUUUUGUUCUGAAUUUGCAUUAAAGUUUUUAUUUAUUUAUUAAUUAAAAAGGCAUUAAAUUUUGUAAACAUAAAUAACUGAUACCAUG